UUUCUUGGGCUCCUCCUCGUCCUCUGCCGCUCCUUCAGAUAUGGCUGCACAGAAAGAGGCAGUAAUGAGGAAUGUGCGCAACCAAAUCGCAUUGGCCAAUGCCCAGGUUCUUAUGAAUUCGAGCACCGAGCGGUGUUUCACGAAGUGCGUCCCGAGUCCUAGUUCAUCACUGUCUAGCUAUGAACAGGCCUGCCUAUCAAAGUGUAUGGAUCGUUACAUGGAUGCAUUCAACGUCGUCAGCCGAACCUACAUGUCAAGAAUCAGCAGGGACCGUCUGGAGAAUCAACAAGCAGCUGCCUUUCAUUGAGGAAGUUUCAUAUUCCGACCUCAAACGGACUAAACUCCCGGCUCACCUCUGAAGGCCAGGACUUCAGAAUGCCCGUUUCCUUUGAUUAAAACUAGAUUAAGUACAUAAGUAUUCAAGACGCGCUGUCUACGUACGUGUGCGGGGUAAAAUAUAUAUAC